ACUUUGUGGGAAUAUGCAGCUUACAAUGAAGUUGGAGAGAUUGGCACACAUCUUCAUCUUGUCAGCGAUCUUACACGCCUUCCAUUUCAUCGGUUGGUCGAUGGCACAAAACACUCGUCAUCGUCAUGAUCGUCACGUUCAUGUUGGGGUGAUUCUUGAUAUGGAGUCACCGGUUGGGGAGAUGGCCCAACAGUGCAUGACCAUGGCCAUCGCUGACUUGAAUGCCUCGGCCUCGCACAUUAACCGUCACCUGAAGUUGAUCCUGCAUCCUAGGAAUUCCAUGGGACAGCCUCUCAAAGCUCUAUCGUCGGCUGCGGAGCUUUUGGAGAAUGAACAAGUUGACGUACUGAUAGGCCCACAAACAUCUGAAGAAGCUGAGCUUCUGGCGGAAUUGGGAGAUAGAGUGCCUAUCAUCUCCUUUUCUGCUAGUAGCCCUUUCUUGUCCAGAGACAAAAAUCCAAACUUUAUCCGAAUGACGACUAAUGAUAACUCCCAGGUUGGAGCCAUUGCUGCUCUAGUUCAAAGAUUCGGGUGGAGAGAAUUAGUUAUAAUACAUGAGGACAGUUCCUAUGGAAACGGAAUCAUACCCGAUCUUCUUCUCGCAUUAGACGAAGGCAAUGUUCGUGUAGCGCAUCGAACUAUCGUUCCACCACAAGCCAGGGACAUAUAUGUAGAAGCCCAACUCUAUAAACUGAUGGCUCUGUCUGCCAAUAUAUUCGUUGUCCACAUGUCUGCUUCCCUCGCAUCUCGGUUUUUCUUUAAGGUUAACGAGUUGGGAAUGAUGAGUGCAGGUUACGGUUGGAUUGUGACUGAUGGGAUAGUAAACGAGCUGCCUGUGAUGGAUCGGUCGGUUUUAGACUCGAUGCGAGGAGUGAUCGGAAUUAGACCUUAUAUUCCACCCUCAGCGCGGCUUCACGACUUCUCAUUGAAGUGGAGGAACGAUUUUUUCACAAACCAGCAUCAUCAAAUUCCUGAUAUAAAUGUAUAUUGCUUAUGGGCAUAUGAUUCUGUCUGGGCUUUAGCCAAAGCAGCAAAUCAUUUAGGUCCUAUAACUUCGAUGCGGAAGCCUGAUUCUGCAAAUAAGCUUCGUCAUCUAGUCCGCACGAUUCUACAAAUCAAGUUCACGGGUUUGAGUGGGGAAAUUCAACUUAAGAAUGGGCAGCUGCAACAACCAGUAGCAUUUGAAAUAGUGAAUGUUGUCGGAAGAGUCGAGAGAUUCGGAUUAUGGACCCAACGUAAUGGGAUAACGACAGGGCUAAAUAGGUCUAAUAUUGCAACUCAAUCAACCUCUGUGAGAGAAAUGGGCUCUAUCAGAUGGCCUGGAUCAUCCUUGGCUAUACCAAAAGGUCAACGGGUUAUGUCAAAGGCUGGGAAGAGAUUGAGAAUCGUAGUUCCAGAUAGAGUAGGUUUUAAAGAAAUGGUGGGAGUGGAACACGAUCCUGAGACAAAUGCGACAACGGUAACGGGCUUUUGCAUAGAUGUGUUCAAGGCUGCAAUCGAUUUGUUGCCUUAUGAAGUAAAAUUUGACUUCAUUCCGUCUCAAAGCGGUUAUGACGAUAUGAUAUACCAAGUAUACCGUCAGCAAUAUGAUGCAGCCGUGGGAGACAUGACCAUCACAGCAGAUAGAUCGUCGUAUGUGGACUUCACAAUGCCUUUCACACAAGCUGGAGUAGGGAUGAUCGUGCCUAUUGAGACAACACGAAACGAGAGCAUGUGGAUAUUUCUACUGCCUCUCGACGUGAAUCUAUGGUUAGUCAUAGGCGCUUUCUUUGUCUUCACAGGAUGGGUAGUGUGGACAAUUGAGCACAAUGACGACAGUGAGUUCAAGGGACCAUUAGCUCAUCAAAUUGGGAAAGUGAUGCGGUAUUCAUUCUCGACACUAGUUUUUCCACAAUGGGAAAAAUUAAUGAGCAACUUGUCCAAAGUUGUGGUGAUUGUAUGGCUGUUUGUAGUUCUAAUACUAACUUCCAGUUACACUGCAAACCUGAGCUCAAUGCUAACAGUUCGUCAGAUUCAGUCCUUGCCAAAGAGCGAAUCUGUCGGUGUCCCUUUCAAUAGUCCGCUUAAUAAGAUAGUUCUGAUCGGUCAAUCCUCCAAAGAAACCUCUAUUCCCUCUUUGCAAACGGUUGACGAUUAUGCAAAUUUUCUGAGAGAUGGAAGCCAGAAUGGUGGCGUCUCAGCAAUUAUUGAUGAAAUUCCAUAUGUGAAGCUCUUUCUUUCCAAGUACUCUGCUCAAUACACCAUGGUUGAGCCCCCAUACGACAGCACCAAUGGAUUUGGCUUUGUAAGUCUCUUUUUUUCUAUACAGUUAAGUGAAUAUAUUGGAUCGAUCCAAUUAAUAAUGUUAGGCCCUGUUAUGCAGGCUUUUCGUAAGGGGUCAACCUUAGUCCUUGACACUUCUGCAUCAAUAGCAAAAUUGAGAGAAGAUGGAAAACUUUACUUGAUAAGCCAAUAUUGGUUUCAAAAUCAUUCCUUAUUCACAAAUCAAGAUUCUUCAACAAAAGUUGCUAGACUUGACUUGUACAGUUUUCGCGGUCUCCUUCUUAUCACAGGCAUCACUUCGACUGUAGCUGUCUUAGUAUCCUAUAGAGUUAGGAAGAAAGAAUCGACAACUGCACAACAACACGAGGUUGCUAAUCAAACUGUUGAAGAGAAGUUCUCACCGGUUGGUGAUAUCCCAUCAAGAAGAACCAGUUCCAAACACAUCAGAAGAUAUUCCUAUUGAAUCGGAAUAAAGUGUGAGGUCCUCAGAUGAUGUAGAUACCAACUAAGAUCAUGGUGCUUACACGCGGCAAGGAACUUUGAAGCUUCUUAGGAUUUUCUAGCUGUAGG